CCGGUUCUGGUUCCGGUUCCGGCUCCAGUUCCGGCUCUCACCCACCCUUUCCGCAGUAAUCCACGUUUACGUAUUUCUCUCUAUCCUCGCCUGUUAACAAGCAGAUCGUUAACGUCACGCGCGACCAGGAAGAAACACGUAUCUACUUGCUGCUGUGGUUCGAGGUGCAGCUAUUCCACCCGUAUCACCCGAACGAAAUCGAUUCUCCGUUCGACGACAAAUUCGCCGAAACGUUUCGACUAGCGACUCGACUCUGUCCCGUGUUGCUUCGUUUCGCCGUGUCGCAUCGCGUCACAUCGAGUCAACGACAUUCCUAACCUAUUGCUCCGUACGCGUCUCGCGCUCUCUGCGACUACUUAUGACUUCCGACGACUUAUGACAACCAACACACUGACACAGACCACAGCACUCGCUUUCGUUCUGCAGCUCCCUCCCCCAUAAACUCUCCUCUCUCUCUCUCUCUCUCUACUCUCGCGCCUUCACCGUUGCCACCCCCGCCCCUUUCACACUAUCGCUUUCCCCCUCGCUCUCUCACUCUCAUUCCCAAUCUCUUCGUCAGAUUUUUUUCCCGAUAGCAAAUGCGUUCGAACUUCUGAUAAUUCCGAGAAUCGAUAGAAGAAAACAUGUUCACCGAUGGCAAACGAAUCUCUCUGGUCGUUCGUAGAAACCAACCUCCGUGGGUAAAGAAUCCUCGGGGGCUCUUUUCGACAUCAUGUCGACUCCGUUUCGUUUCUUUUGCCUGUGUCUUUCUUUUCUUCGAUAUGCUGUUCGUUCGAUAGAAAUUGCGUCGAUUGUCACGGCGAACGAAAAGGCUCCCUAAUUCGGAAGAACGUUAACGCAUCUCGGUCGCGUUGCAACCAUUACGAAAUCUCGCGUGUACGUAUACGUUUUGUUGAGAACACAUGACCGUGGACGAUUGUGUGUGCACGAAAUUUAAGAAUACACGCCCGCCGUUUUACCCAAGGAACACUGCUCCAUCGAACACAGAAAAAAUCUGUGUCGUUGUUUGUUAAAUCGCACGCAAUAAACAACGACGAUCGCCGAAACGUUGGGACGGACAAGCGCGGUGGACAUUACUGUCACACCAACGUCGGAAUCGUUCACCGCCGACCUCCUUCGAGCGCUGCCGACCGUUCCCGAUUAAAGUCGAGCGUUUCCGAGCAAUGACAGCAUCGUAGCGGCAUGGGCGUUAUGCACACGUAUGCAAACAACCGUAGCUGAUCGUAUGCACUGCAGCGUUCGACGGACACUUGUGUAGAAACAGAAAAAUUAUGGAUUGCAUGAAGACGUUUCUUACGGAAUCCAAAAAAGCUUUGCCGCAACUAUGGCGAUUCCACAAGGUCUGCGUUGUCUUGGGUAACAGCAUAUGCAACUUGGAUUCCGCGGUAUGUGUAUUGGUUCAGGGAUUACACGAGUAUCUGGAUGCGAAACUUGGAUCGGGAACAGAUUAUUUAACUGUAAUACCGUUGAUGAAUAUACCGCGGAAAGAAUAUCGGAUUAAAACAGAAGUGACGUAUUUUUUUAAACGUUACGACAUUUCUCCGGAUUUAUUGACGUUCCGAGAUGAAAUAGACUUGAAAGAAUUAAAGAACGAUGCAACUAUUACUUUGGAUGUUGUACUUGUUGAUCAUCACUCUCUUUCGAAAGCAGACAAUUUUCUAAAAGACUCCGUAAUCAAGGUGAUAGAUCAUCGGCCGCAGGAUCCGGCCUGGCCAUGGCCUAAAAUAGACGUUUACAUGAAGACUGUAGGAAGUUGCGCGACUUUGGUGGCAAAACGUUUCCUCGUCGAACAUUUACCAAUCAUAAACUCAGACAUAGCGAAUCUUUUACGAGGUCCGAUCUUGAUCGACACGUGUAACCUGUCAAAAGAGGUCAAUCGCGCCACUCCAUCCGACAUCAAAACAUUAGAAAAACUCGAACGAAUAGCUUAUUCGAUUCACAAUCGAGACGCCGAAUACCACGGUCUCAUCCAAGCGCAAAGAGACAUUAGUGAAUUAAGCUUCGACGAUCUGUUGAUCAGAGACGUAAAGGAGGUCGCUGGAGUACCGAUCGUUGGAUUGCCAAUACUAGUUCGAAAAUUCAUUGAUUCAGGAGGGUCCGAUGCCAUUCGUGAUUUCGCAGUGGCCAGAAAAACCAGAAUAGUUUUCCUACUUGGCAUGCUAGUUGAAUCGGACAAAAUCAUAAAAGACAUCGUUAUUUUCUCCAUUUCUCCCGACCCAGUCACUACCAAAUAUUCUCGUGGAGGCAUUGCGCAAAAAUAUGCUCACUUAGAUUUUGAAGAGCUACGAAUGCUGUUAUUUGGGUCUAGUGAUCCGGACCUUGAAGUAUACGAUGGAUGCACGAUCUAUGAUGAAGAAGGGAAAUAUGAAAUAUCGCAUGUCUACCAAGGAAAUUUACGUGUUUCACGAAGACAAUUAACACCGCUCGUACAACGCAUGAUGAAGAAACUGUCCGAUAUUGCAUGGAUACGUGGAACUUAAACCUAUAAAUUGUCAAACGUAAAAGAAACAUUGAAAUAGUGCAUGAUCAAAAGUCAUCACUCACAAUACCCGCGAAAAAUACAUAAUUUAAAGAUAACCUGAGAUUUGUAAAUUUAGAUAUUUAACAUCUUUUGUUAAGAAAUUUGUAUAUGAGUUUA